AGCUUGAAAGCGAAGACACAAAGACAAAGGUCUCCCCAUUCAAAAUCCAUUCUCUCGCUUUCGUCGAUGUUCUUUCUCUUGUAAAUUCCGUCUCUCUGCCAAUCCUUUCAAACCAUCUGCCGCAAUUUGAAUCUCAAUUACAGACUCCGAGUAGAGAGAGAUCGCCGGAGAGGAGUGUUGUGUCUGUUUAGUAUUAUUGGGAGUAUGCUGGUUCGGAGGAGAGUGGUGAUAAGCUGGAGGAGAGUGGGCACGUCGCUUCACGCCCUCGUUGCUCAUUCCUUGCUUUUCUCCUUCACGGUUUUGCUUGUUCUCAAGCUUCAACUCGCGAAGUUCUACUCCUGGUGGAUUGUAUUUGCACCAUUAUGGCUAUUUCAUGCUGUUGUUUCACGAAACAGGUUUUCGUUGCCUGCUCCAUCAAAGCCUCAUGGUCGCGAAUGGGCGCCAUUUCAUGCUGUCAUGGCAACACCGUUGUUUAUCGCUUUUGAACUACUCCUUUGUAUACAUCUUGAAAGCCAAUAUGUUGUGAACUUGAAGAUUGUGUUUGUGCCCUUGUUGGCAUUUGAAACAGCCAUAUUGAUUGAUAAUAUCAGGAUGUGUAGGGCUUUGAUGCCUGGAGAUGAGGAAAGCAUGAGUGAUGAAGCGAUAUGGGAGACCCUUCCUCACUUUUGGGUUGCAAUAUCAAUGGUCUUUUUCAUAGCUGCAACAACAUUCACUCUAUUGAAGUUAUCUGGUGAUAUUGCAGCUCUUGGUUGGUGGGACUUAUUUAUAAAUUUUGGUAUUGCAGAGUGCUUUGCCUUCCUUGUUUGCACAAAAUGGUACAAUCCUGCAAUUCAUAGGCAUUCUUAUAUUGGAGAAUCUAGCUCAAAUUCAGUGACUAUUAGAUAUCUUGAUUGGAAUAGAGGGUUAGUAUUUACUUCGGAAGAAGAUCAGGAACAAAGCAGGAUAUGCAACUUGCAGGAUAUUGGUGGACAUAUUAUGAAAAUUCCUUUUAUUAUAUUUCAAAUACUUCUUUUCAUGCGCUUAGAGGGAACGCCACCUAGUGCUAGAGAUAUCUCAUUUCCAGUUUUAUUUGUUCCGCUUUUUCUGCUACAAGGAGCUGGAGUUCUGUUUACUGCAUAUAGAUUGGUAGAGAAAAUUUUUCUUUUGCUUAAUAGUGGAGCUGUUUCGGGAAGAUGCUUUGCUUUAGCAUCAAAGGCUAGAGAUUGUUUUGGGUUCUUGCACCAUGGAUCAAGAUUACUGGGAUGGUGGUCAAUUGAUGAAGGAAGUCGAGAAGAGCAGGCCAGACUUUAUUAUACUGGAGUGUCUGGGUAUGACACUUUUUCAUCUGAUGCUAUGAAGAAAAUGCCUAAAUCGGAUCUUGUUGAGGAGAUUUGGAGACUACAGGCUGCCCUUAGUGAGCAAACAACAGUUACAAUGUUUAGCCAGCAGGAGUAUGAAAGGCUACAAAAUGAAAAGAUCCUUUGUAGAGUUUGCUUUGAAGAACAGAUUGAUGUAGUUCUGCUUCCAUGUAGACAUCACGCCUUAUGCAGAUGCUUUGCUUACCUUUCACAAACUAAUAAGGUUUCACCACUGACUACCCUUCUUGUUGAUGCGCAGCACUUGCUGUGAGAAAUGUAAGAAAUGCCCAAUGUGCCGCGUUCCCAUAGAAGAGCGAUUGGCUGUAUAUGAUGCGUAGCUUCCCCUGUUUAUUGCAAAUUACAGAUGUAUGAUUCUCCUUUCAAAAUAUUCAACCAUUGCUUGUGAUUUUUAGAAGCAAGCACUGAGACACUGUUAUGGUUUCUCCCAUCAUUUAAGAUGCAGUGUGUGCCCACUUCAACAACUGUAAAUAUUUUUCUGCACAAUUUAAUGAAAGACUCUCAUGGUUUCAAAUUUA